AGAAAGAAAAUUUAAACAUUCUAGUCAUUCAAAUCAAACUUCAGACGCAGUACUCGCUGACCGCAACACUAGUCCUAUUACACAUGAAGGAAGUUCUGAAAAUGAAAUUAUCAACGCUAGAACUGAGGAAUUAGAUCCUUUUGAGUUUUUACAAUCUAGUUUAAAUAAACCUUCUUCCUCCAACACUUCAGAUUCAAACAUCAAAAUGCCACUUUACAGUGAUCUGCCAGGAAAAAGAUUUUAUUUCCGGGUUACAAGGGAAAGAUUCACCAGUUUUAAAAGAAUUUUCAGAAAUAAAGCUCGAUGGAAUCAAUGGAUUACCACCAUUUCAUCAUCGUAAUGAUCAAGUCGAACAAGACAUAAUUGAAGAGGUUUGCAGAAAUGUCAUAAGGGAUAUGGACGCAUACGGUGUGUGUGUUGUAGAUAAUUUUCUUGGACAUGAAAAAGGUAUGGCAGUAUUAAAGGAAGUAAUCGGUAUGUAUCAGACAGGUGUUUUCAAAGAUGGACAAUUAGUAAGUAACAAAGUGAAAAAAGACUUAAAAACUAUACGGGGAGACCAAAUAACAUGGAUUGACGGUAAAGAAACAUUUUGCCGAAAUAUUGGUAUGUUGAUCAGUGAAGUUGAUGCAGUCAUUAUGAGAGCUAAUAGAAUGGUGAAUAAUGGGAAAUUAGGUGAUUACACCAUAAAUGGCAGAACAAAGGCAAUGGUUGCUUGUUAUCCUGGCCAUGGCACUCAUUAUGUCAAACAUGUUGACAACCCCAAUAGAGACGGAAGGUGUAUCACUGCUAUUUACUACCUGAAUGCUGAUUGGGACAUCCAGCGUAAUGGAGGAUUACUGAGAAUCUUCCCAGAAGGAUGGCAAGAUCAAGUGGCAGAUAUUGAACCCUUAUUCGAUCGAAUUCUAUUUUUCUGGUCUGAUAGAAGAAAUCCUCAUGAAGUACAGCCCGCAUAUGAAACCAGAUAUGCAAUAACGCUGUGGUAUUUUGAUGCUGCCGAGAGGGAGGAUGCUUGUCGAAGAUAUCAGCGGGAGAGUAUGUGUUGUGUCCUCCCCUCCCCCCACAACAACCCCCCUCUACUCACUAACUGUAGCUAACUUGUCGCUCAUCUCUCAUCUAACCCUGUGGGGACCUGACCGUGGCCUUUCAAGGGCUCAGUUAAAUGGAGUUUAUAUAAUGUUGUACAGCUUUGUAAUAUAACUUGUUUCAUAAUGUAUAAUUUUAUUAUAAAAUAUUCUUUUCUGUGUACAUAAUGUUGUAUGUAGAAAUGUUCAUUAAAAUUACUUUACUCAUA